AGAAGAGCAGCCGGCGUUAGUUUGUUGCCUGGUUCUGGUUCCGCAUCAUCAUGUCUGCGGCGGACGAGGACACGGAGCUGAGAGACCUGCUGGUCCAGAACCUGGAGAACAGCGGGGUUCUGAACAAGAUGAAGGCAGAGAUGAGGGCAGCCGUGUUUCUGGCCAUGGAGGACCAGGACAGACUGGAGAGCAAAACUCCGCUGGUCAACGAAGAUCUGAAGAAGUGUCUCAACUCCAGAGACGGUCGCCUGGUGGCCAGUCUGAUCGUGGACUUCCUGCAGGUCUUCAACCUGGACUUCACGCUGGCCGUGUUCCAGCCAGAGAUCAACUCGCUGAACGGCCUGGACAACAGGGACCUGGUCUGCAGGGAACUGGGCCUGGCAGAGUCUGAGCAGAACAGGAAGUCUCCGCUGCUCCUGGAGCUCAUCGGGACAGGAAGACCCGGAGGACAACCGGCACAGGAACUCUCUCAGAGGCAGAUAACAGAGGCCCACAGCACGUUUGACUUUUACGACAAGGAUCAGAGCGGAUAUGUUGGAAAAGAAGAUCUGAAGAACAUCUUCACAGAUUUGCUCCCAAAUAUGAACAAGAACAUGUUGGAGAGGUUUGUCUGUGACGAGCUCAACGCUGCAGACAGAAGCUCCUCUGACACCGUCCGCUUCCCGUUCUUCCUGGGAAUGUACAGACGUCUGUUCAGCCAGUGCAGAAGUGUGGUGGUUCAGGACUCAGGAGUGAACCAACAGCAGUGUCCUGAAGACAAACCCGCCUCUGCACCUGUCAGCAAGAUUCCCAGGUAUAAAGGCCAGAGGAGUCAAACAGCAGCCAAGGACUCGGACCACGGGCUCUCCCGAGGUAAAGAAGACCUUCAUCCUCCCUCCUCCUCCUCAGCUGUAAGGCCGGCCCGCCUGGAGCUGGAAAUCGACCCCGACGAGGGAGAUUCUUUCUUCGACGACCCGCUGCCCAAACCGCAGAAGACGUACGGCUGUCAGAACUCUCUGACUGGACCCAAGGACCCGUCAGAUAACACAGACGGUGUAAAAGAUGUUAUCCUUCUGAGUGAGGAGUGUCUCUCUGGACCCGUCAUCUCCCCCAUGAGACGAGGCAAAAGCCUCAACGAUCUCUCUGUCUUGGCUGAUGAUUUGGAAGGAGUCCAUCCUCCCGCUGACCGCAGGAAACUGGAGACAUCUGGGAUUAGAGGGAGUCCGGUGGCGUCCCUGUCUGAAGCCUCGAAACCAGGACGAGGAGGAGAGAGCACCACGGACCACAGUCACAGCAGAAUCGGAGCAGUAAAUUCCAGAGACAAAGGCCUGAAGAACCAGAGCGACAGGACCGGAUCCCUGCAUUUAGAUGAAGAGGUCGAAUAUGACGACGACUUUAACAGUCACCGCUCAGACCUCUCCAAGAGCGAGCUCAGCAUCGGGGAGGAGAUCGAGGAGGUGUCCAUCGAGGGACCUGAUGACAGCGAGAAGCUGGAUGAAAUCACGCAGGAUCUGAGCGUCUCUCAGCUCAGCCAGAGACACGGAGUCGACUACAUGGAGGAUGUGGGCUGAAACUCCCAUCAUGCACCUUAUUGUUACAAAAUGUUUUAACCUGUACAGUUUCAGUGGCUCAAUAAAUUGAUUU